ACAUGAAAAAAAUACGUACAGUAAUUAACACAAUUUCUAUUAUCUUUAAAAAAAACCUGCAAAAAAAGUAGUCUCUCUUUUAACGCACCAAGAAGCUUUGUUCGUGCUUCUCUCUCUUCCUCUCCUCAUUUCCUGGUUGGAUCCCUUCGUCGAUUAAUCAAUUGUUACUUUGCCACUUCAAUUCCCCUCUCAAUUUUUGAUAAGGUACGAGUUUAUUGCAAUUUCUUCAUUUCGCCAAAAUUUUAGGGUUUUGUCAUUCAAUUCAGUUUAGAUCUGAGGAAUUUUGUUUGUAGAAUUAAUUGCUAAGGCUCCAACUUUGGCUCGUUUGAUUGUGUAUUUUUGGUGAAUAUGAUUGGAAUUUCCAUGUGAAAAAUUGGGGAUUUUUGGGGGUUCAGGUGAUGGUGAUGAUUUGUAAUUGAGAUGGAGGGAAGAAAUCGUAGUGGGCGUCAUUCGGGUGGUGUGGUGAAGAAUAGGAGCUCCUCAGGUUGUUUGAUUAUUAAGAAAAAGACUGAUGGGGUUAGUGGGGUGGGAUCUUCGAAAAGCCGAAAGCUCCAUGAAUCAAAGAAAGAGAAGAAGAGACCUAGGUUGAAUGUUAGUGAGCCAGAGUCGAGUGAUGAAGAGUUUUCGGAAUUCUAUACGAGGCGAGGGGUGAGUGGGGUGAAUCAAGUUAGUGGUGGUGGUUCACUUAUGUAUGAUGAUAACGAUUUCGAUGAGGAGACGGGUUUUGGAAGUAAUGGGUUGAUGAGGGGGGUAGGGCCGAAACGAAGUAAACUUGAUGUUUAUGACUUUGAUGAGUAUGAUGAUUUGAGUGAUGUUGAAAUGAUGAGGAUGAGGCAUUAUUAUGACCGAGGAAUUGGGGGUGAGGAGAGAAGGUUUAUGGGCGCGAUGCCAGGGAUGAAUAAUAGUAGUGGGUUGGAUUUUGAUAGUGGGUCGAGUAAGGGUGAUAUUAUUUAUAAAAGAAGGAAUUCAUUCCAUGGGGGUUCUAGUAGUGAUAAGAUUAGUGUGGGUGAUGUAUAUUCUGGUAAGAGAGGGUUUGAAAUGAGAAAUGAGCUUCCUGUUUCAUUGGGGAAAGAGAAACUUGGUGGGUCUGAUGAAGCUAUUAGACUACAGGGCAAGAACGGCGUGCUUAAAGUGAGGGUCAAGCAUAAGGAGGAGAUUAGUGAACAAUUUUCACAAAAGUAUACACAUGUCAAAGGAAAUAAUGUAGCUCUUAGGUCUCAAGAACUAGCUGCAAAGAACAUUGCCAUCCGUGCUUCACCAUAUUUAGAAAAAAAUCUGUCUAAAAAGUCAAUUACAGCAAAUAUGCUGGACAAAAAUCAACAGAGAAAGCGGAAACCAGCCGAGAGCAGUGAGGAGAGUGAUGAAGAAGCCAAGGAUAGUGACUCUUCUCCGAAGCUGCAAACUGAAAGUAUGCAAGUUAAGCAGUCCAUGAAAAGAGGGAGGAGUGGAGGAAGUAUGCAGUCACCUCAAAGUGCUCAGCCAAUCAAGCUGAAGGAAGGGAAAGUCAAGCGUGGCAGUGGCACAGAGAAGCAGUUGUUACGUGAGAAAAUACGGAACAUGCUUCUCACUGCAGGCUGGACAAUAGAUUAUAGACCUAGGCGGGGAAGAGACUACUUUGAUGCGGUUUAUGUUAACCCUACUGGUACAGCGUACUGGUCAAUCAUAAAAGCUUAUGACGCACUACAAAAGCAACUCGAGGAAGAAGGGAGCAGCAUGAAAGCUAGUGAUGACUGCUCUUCGUUUGCUCCAAUAUCGGAGAAUGUAUUGAGUAAACUGACGAGGCAAACCCGAAAGAAGAUUGAGAAGGAGUUGAAAAGGAAGAAAAGAGAGGAAGCAGGGAGUAAAGUUAAGAAAGAAUUCACCAGUGGUAGCUUCGAUGAAGAUGAGUCAGAUACUGACAGUGGAGGCAGUGGCAGACGAGACGACAAGUUGAGUUCAUUUAUGAAACGCAGUGGCAAAUCCUUGAAAGGUGCAUCGAAGGAAUCCUAUAGGGGUAAAAGCAAUUCAAAUAGUAAGAUGCAUGACAGGGGUGAAAAAUUCAUUCAUGCAAGGAAAAGUAAAAAGAUUGGCAGGUGUACGUUGCUAGUUCGUAAUUCUGGGAAGGGGGUGAAUUCUGUCAGUGAUGGCUUCAUUCCAUACACUGGAAAACGUAAUUUGUUGUCCUGGUUGAUUGAUUCGGGAACUGUGAAUCUGAGUGAGAAGGUGCAUUACAUGAACCGUAGAUGCACACGUGUCAUGCUUGAGGGUUGGAUCACAAGAGAAGGAAUUCAUUGUGGCUGUUGUAGUAAAAUUCUUACUGUUUCUAAGUUUGAGAUUCAUGCAGCAAGCAAGCUUCGCCAGCCAUACCAAAACAUAUAUUUAAGCACUGGGGCUUCACUGAUGCAGUGCCAGGUUGACGCAUGGAACAGACAGGAGGAGUCUCUACGUAAUGGCUAUAAUAAGAUUGAUGUUAAUGGGGAUGACCCUAAUGAUGACACCUGUGCCAUUUGUUGUGAUGGUGGGAAUUUGAUUUGUUGUGACAGCUGUCCAUCAACAUUUCAUCAGAAUUGCUUAGGCAUCGAGAAGCUUCCCCCUGGUGAUUGGCACUGCCCACAUUGUUCCUGCAAAUUCUGUGGCCUUGCAGACAUGAGUUUCAGUAAAGAAAAUGACAACAGACAGGAUGCAGUGCUCACUUGCAGUUUAUGUGAGGGGAAAUAUCAUUGCUCUUGUGCGGAGGACUUCGAUGAUACUUCUAAUUACUUGAACCGCCCUCCUUUCUGUGGGAAGACAUGUCAAGAGCUCUCUGAGCACUUUCAAAAGCUUCUUGGGGUCAAACAUGAAUUGGAAGCUGGAUUGUUUUGGUCUCUUAUUCAUCGGACAGAUCUAGAUUCUGACACCUCUGUUCGAGGCUAUCCACAGAGGGUGGAAUGGAAUUCGAAGUUGGCUGUUGCUCUUAAUGUUAUGGAUGAAUGUUUUUUGCCAAUAGUUGACAGGAGAAGUGGGAUUAAUAUGAUUCACAGUGUUCUCUACAACAGUGGGUCAAAUAUCACUAGACUUGAUUACAGUGGCUUUUACACUGCUAUUCUGGAGAAGGGUGAUGAGAUUAUAGCUGCAGCUUCUAUCAGGUUACGGAGUACACAGUUUGCUGAGAUGCCAUUCAUUGGAACUCGUCACAUUUAUAGGCGUCAAGGGAUGUGCCGUCGACUUUUCUCAGCCAUUGAGUCGGCUCUCCGCUCACUUAAAGUUGAGAAACUGCUAAUUCCUGCUAUCUCCAAGUUGAUGGAUACCUGGACUACUGUUUUUGGUUUCAGUACUCUUGAGGAAUCAGAUAAGCAAAUCAUGAAAACCGGAAACAUGUUGGUGUUUCCAGGAACUGAUAUGCUCCAAAAGAAGCUAUUGGAUCAAGGCAUCAGUAAUAGAGGCUUAGCAGUGGCAGGAGCACAUUCAUUUGAAAAUGAUCAGAAUGCCUUAGUCAUGCCUGGUUUAGGAAAGAAAUCCGAUCUUCACUCCCCUCCCGAGCUUUGCACGGCUGCUGCAGAACCAGAGAAAGAAGAGAUGAAAAACAUACCUGUUACUGAUUUUGGUUAUCUUGAUGCCAUUUGCACAGAUGAUAAGUCGAUGCAUAGUGCUCUUGCAGAAUGCUGUGGCAAAGUAAAUCCUUUGCCUACUGAAAAUGAGGAGAUAAAAGAAAUUUCUGUUACUACUAGCUCAGAACUGCAGCUGGAUACCAAGCUCAACGAGUCUGCCGGUGAUUUGAUGGAUCACAUUUCUGCUGGUGCAACUGUAGAGGCUGCUACCCCAUGUGAUUCCAAUGACAAUAAGCCUUCAUUGCAUACUGCUUCUGCAGCUGUUUUCAAUGAAGCUGAGCCACUAGUUUCAAAUGAAGGAAUCCUAGAAACUACAUGCUCUGAACAGCUGCUGGACACAAAGCUCAAUGAGUCCAUUGGUGAUGUGAACGAUCAGAUUUCUGCAGAUGCAAGUGCAGCAACUGCCGCCCCACAUGAUUCCUGUAAGCCUUACCUAGAAAUUGAUUCUGCAGCUGUGCCUGUGUCAAGUGAAGUUAAGCCACUAGUUUCAGAUGAAGAAAUUUUGGGGUCUACAGCCACUGGAAAGCAGUUGGUUAACAAACUCUAUGAGUCUGCUGGUGAUGUGAAAGAUCACAUUUUUGUAGAUGCAAGUGAGGAAAGUUUUUUGGAUGAUUCAUCUGUAAGCCAUUAUGUGGGGGUAUCUGCUGACUGUAAAUUGACACAGGGAGCUAACUUAGGUGUUGCCAAAUCAGGGUCACCUACUGCAAAUGGUAAAUUAGCUGUUACUUCUGAUAAAGAUCUGUUAAAUGAGUUUCAAAGGAGUGAUAACGAAUACCAGAGGGAUGAGGUUUUAUUUUCCGAAACUGAAUCUGUUGUUCAUGGGAAAGAUCACUCUUUAUCAGAAGAACCUCAUGUUGAUGUUUUAAUGGAUAAACCUAUGAUAGAACCAACAGCUGAACAUAUUAUUCAUCAUCCUCCAGAUGUUCAAACAAAUGACUUUCAUGUAGUCCCAGAGGAAAAUGAUGUUUGUUUUGGUUCACAGUCCUUGCAUGUGUCCGACAAUACUGAUCUAGAUGCAGCUCAUGAACCCAAGAUCAAUGUUUCUGGUAACACAGCUGCUUAUGAGAAUGCUCACUCUUUUUCAGAAGCAUCUCAUGUUGAUGUUGUAAUGGAAAAACCAAUGAUAGAGCCUAUAGCUGAAGAUAAUAUAUUCCAUCAUCCAGAAUUUCAAGCAAAUGAUGCUCAUAUAGUCCCAGCUAAAGCUGAUGGUUUUCCUGACUCAAAAUCCUUGCAUGUUUCCAAUAAUAAUGAUUUAGAUGCAGCUCAUGAACCAAAAAUCCAUGUUUUUGGAAAUUGUGCUGAUAAUGGAAAAGAUAUCUCUUCAUCAGAAGCAUCUCAUCUUGAUGUUGUAAUGGAAAAACCUAUGUUAGAACCUCCUGACGAUAAUGUUUCUCAUCGUCCAGAAGUUGAAGUGGAUGAUGCUCUCCCAGCUGAAAUUGAUGUUUGUUCUGGUUCACAAUCCUUAAAUGUAUCUGACAAUAUCAAUCAUGAUCCAGUGCAUGAGCCUAAGAUCCUUUUUUCUACAAAUGUUAUGGAAUGUAGUCAGACCAUAGAAGCAAUGCCUGUUGAUGACAGGGCAUGCAAAUCUCCACGGUAUGCAGGUCUCAGUACCAGUCCAAUAGAGAAGCCUGGGAUUGCUGAGCAGCCAACUUUAGAAGGUGAGGUGCAGCAUGUGGAAGUUGUUAAUGUCCAACCAAUGAGUAGAUUUUCUUGUGAAGUUUCUGUCAAUGCUGCUGAUGCAAACACAAAUAAUAGUGAGGAUCCUCCUCUUGUUUCAGAUGAUGGCAGCAUUGUAGUUACGGGCUUGUUGUGUGUCUCUGAGCUCCAUGAUCAAGGUAUAAUGUAAAUUAGACAUCAGAUAACAGUAGAGACAGGAGUCGCCUGUGCUAGAACAGCAUUGAGGUAAGCUUGACAUACCGUAGAUUGGGCACAUGUUGAUGCUUAGUUUGCUCCAUGUGAACUGUGGAGGAAGUUUGGUAAAAGUUCUGGAAUCUGAUGACUUUCCAUCAUUUUCAACGUGGUUGGAAUGUUUCAACUGGUCAUGAAUUCGUUAGUCCACUUGGUUUGGUUGCAAUAUUCUAAACCACUUGGCUGUGCCGCUGAACAACUCAAUGUGGCUAUGAUUUUUCUACAUAGAGGGUUCUGUAUUCUGGCCCUUAAUUAAUCAGAGGUUGAUCCUGAAAGGUGAGAUAGCUAGUCUAUAUGAGUGCUACAAAAUUUUGGAGAUGGAGCUUCAGCACUGAAUUUUGUCCGUGAACCCAAUGUAAUGUUGUGUUGAUGUGUAUAAAUUGGCGUAUAGAUCAAGGGCAGGCUUUAUUAUAUACUCAUUAUCAUGUGUAAUUUAUGCCGGUUCAUCGCAUGAUAGCAGUAGCUGCUGUUAUUCGUAAUGUUAAAUUUGAUUAUGAAUUAUCAUCAAUUGAUGAAGUUAACCGGUAA